AGACCACAAACAGAAACUUACGUGACAACAACAGCUUUAUUGUUUAUAAAACUACACAAAGGGAGAUAUAAACACGAUCUAACGGCACUUCACUUGACAGACUUUUUGAGGUGGGAAAACCUUAAAUCCUCCAUAUCAGACACCCGCAACUACAUCCUUGCUCCAGUGUGAGUGGAGCAUGCAGUCCCAGAAGAAGCACCUCUUGGAGGGUCUGAUCCAGGUGGGCCUCCUGCUCAGCCUGUGCGGGGUGCGUGUGGAUGUGGAGCUGGAGCCGGGACCCUUACCCUGGUCCCACAGCCUGCUCCUAGGGCCCACCUCCGCCCUGACGCCCACACAUCUCCACAAUCUGAGGAAUGCGCUGGAAGGUGGGGCUGAGCUGCACCCCAAACACCCAGACCUGGAUGGAUUCUUCACCUCCAGGCGUCUGCUGGGAUGGGUGCGCUCGCUGGACAGACUGCAGGUUCCUCAGGCAGAGCUGGAGACAUGGCUGGUACAACAGGAUCCCACUCCUCUACCUGUGAGACUGCUCCACACUGCCCCCAACAGGCUCAUCCUGCCAGAGCAGACCAGAGACCAGGAGUGGGAGGAGCCUGGAGAGCAGACCAGAGACCACGGGUGGGAGGGGCCAGAGGACAUCCACACACAGGUGUACAGACAACAUGUGGACACAGCAGAGGACAUGUCCCCACCACAGACACAGCAGAUGGAGACAGAGGCGACAGAGGACUGGGGCCAAGAGGAGACUGAAGACAGGGGACAGACAGAGGAUGAACAGAGCUCCGCAUCUCUCCAAGAAUGUCUGCGUCUACUAGAGGCCUUCCCCCUCACACAGGAGGAGCAGGAGCUGGUGUGCAACUCAGGAACCCACAGCACAGCUCUGCCCCCUGCUCCUGCUGAGAGCACCACCACAUACAUGGAGCAGCAAUGGCAGGACUUCCUGGACCUCAUGGAGCCUGAGAAUCCUGGUGUUGACAUGGUGGGCUUCCUGGAGCAGAUGUCUCAGGUGACACCCUCAGCUGCACAAGGGGGCCCUCUAAUGGACGGCUACCUGCAGCACGAUGCACAUUCAGAGCAAGAACUCCUCCCUCUGCUUCCAAGUGACCAAUUGGAUGACCCCACUCCUGCUCCCUUGCCCUCCUCCCUCUCCUCCAGCCUCCUCCCAGUGCAUGGCCCCUCCCUCCUGCUGGGUGAGGAGGACCUGGAUGGAGACCUGGAUGGAGACCUGGAGGACCUCCUGGAGGGCGCUCAGAUAUUGGAAGAGAUGAGUCUUCUAGACCUGGCUCUGGAGGAGGGCUUCGGGGAGGAGCUGAGUGAGAAGCUGGAGGAGCAUGGAUACUUGGACCCAGAACUCACCCGGCGCCCCAGCCAGCUCAGUCCAGACAGGAGCAGAGAGACGAGCGGGGACAUGGAGGACAUCCACACUAUCCAGCCAGAUGAUGAGGAGGAGCUGGACUCAGACUCUGGUCUGUCUCUCGACUCCAGCCACAGUCCUGCUUCUCCCAGCCAAUCUGAAGCUUCCUCCUACUCCUCCUCUUCAUCCACCAGCCGACCUUCUCCCAUGGAGCUACAGGUCGCCGUCAAAGAGGAACCGCUGGACGAAGAGGAGCUAGGGGCCGUGGGCGGACACUACCACCCCCAACAUGACUCCAAACACGUCUUCUCUUCUCCUUUCCACCCCGACCAAAAGCUCUUUGAUGGUUUUCCCUGGCAGGAGCAGAUCAGCCACGACCACACCUACAACCAGCCUUCUCGACUCUCACCUAAGAUCUCCUCCAAGCAUCUCAAAUCCUCUCCCAAGCACGACAAACCAUACCAGCUCCCUAAACACCUAUGGAGCCGAGACGAGAGACGCGCCAAGGCCCUCAAGAUCCCAUUCUCCAAUGAUGUCAUUAUCAACCUCCCCGUGGAGGAGUUCAAUGACCUUCUUGCCAACUAUGAUCUUAGCGAAGAACAGCUAAACCUGGUCCGAGACAUUAGGCGACGCGGGAAAAACAAAAUUGCGGCUCAGAAUUGCCGAAAACGCAAAAUGGACAAUCUUCAAGGAUUGGAGAAGGAUGUGACAAUGUUGAGAAGACGAAAAUCACGACUUUUGAAGGAUAAACAAGAAGCGUUGAGAACUCUCCAGGAGCUAAAGCAGCGUCUAAGCAGUCUGUACCAAGAUGUCUUCUCCAGUCUGAGGGAUGGAGAAGGUAGGCCUCUAGAUGUCCAUGAAUAUAUGUUAAGUUUUGAGAGCGAUGGGACCGUUGAUGUGGUCUCCAGGAGGCAAGGCAGGAAAGAGAAGAGCAGACGAAAGCAGAAGGACAAGUGAGGAGCAA